AUGAGUGUUCAUGAAGAAAGUGAGAGCGGCGAUGAAUUUAUGUGCACUCCGCCUGAGGUUGCUGCAAUGGCGGAAUCAAUUAUGCCUGAGCUUUUGCCUGAAAAAUCGAGAAAUCGGGACGAAAAAGAACGAGAGAGGUUUUUUAAUUGGUGUAAAAUGAAACAAGUCAAGCGGUAUACAGAAACCGUGUUGCUUGCCUAUUUUGUCGAAAAAUCUGGAAAAUUGAAAUCAUCGACACUGUGGUCAAUGUAUUCCAUGUUGAAAAGUAUGUUGAUUUUGCAAGACAACGUCGACAUUUCCAAGUAUGCCAAGUUACAAUCGUUUUUGAAACGUAAAUCUGUUGGUCACAAGCCGAAAAAAUCGCUGACUUUUACGAGGCAACAAAUCAGUACGUUUUUAGAGGAAGCACCCGAUGAAACAUUUUUAAUGAUGAAAGUUGCUCUAAUAUUAGGAGUUGCUGGGGCUUGUCGUCGAGAGGAGUUGACGAAAAUGACGGUGAACGAUAUCCAAGGCGAAGAUACGUUUUUACUCGUAACGAUUCCAGACUCCAAAACGCAUGUUCCAAGAACUUUUUCUGUUACGGAGGGAAAAGAGAAUUGGAUACACUUGUACCAGAAAUAUAAAGCGCUUCGUCCUCAAAAUGCUCAAACUUCGCGACUUUUUUUAAAUUAUAAAAUGGGAAAAUGUACCGUACAACCUGUGGGUAUUAAUACAUUUGGAGCAAUUCCUAAGAAAAUUGCGAGUUACCUGAAAUUGCCAAAUGCUUCUAGUUUUACGAGUCAUUGUUUUCGGCGUACCUCCGCAACGCUACUUGCUAAUGCUGGAGCAGACCUUUUGAGUCUUAAACGUCAUGGGGGCUGGCGGUCGUCGACGGUAGCGGAAGGAUACGUAGAUGGUUCUCUUCAAGGCAAAUUAGAAGUAUGUAACAAAAUAAUUGGUAAUGCUUGUCAAUCAAAUGAUCCUUGCACACCUUCGACAUGUCAACCAGAUGAUCCUUGCACAUCUUCGACAGCGUCCACAUCUACAUUAAUAACUUCUAAAUGCUUUGUGUCAAAUUCGUUACUUCCAGGUGUUAAUAUAAGUAACAGUUCAUCAUUUACCAUUAAUUUAAAUAUUACUAGCCAGAAGUAG